AUGGAGAUUGAUUGGUCGAAAAGAAAGCUUGUCAACAUCACCACCAUUCACUCUAUAUCAAACAUCUAUUGGAAAUAUAUGGCAGCGGCGGCGCUCACAACAGCUGAAGAUUACGAAGGCGAUUAUGACCUUGACGAUGAUUUCGAUGACGAAGAAAACGACUGUACUUGCAACUCGGAAACAGUUCUCGGCGACACGAUUGAUUAUUCUCAUCGAAAUCUGUCUACACUCGAUCCAAACGAAUUAUUAAGCUUAGUCAAAAAUCCAAAUCGUGUAAAAAAUUUCCAGUUAAAUUCAAAUAUGUUAUUAACAAUUCCGCCUCAAAUCGAACAAUUUCAAUCGUUAAUAACAAUCGAAUUAUCAAACAAUCAAUUGGUACAACUACCAACUGAAUUGUCACUAUUGAACAAUUUGAAGAAUUUAUACCUGAAAAACAAUUCUCUCGAUGAUUUCUCUCUACCGAAAGAGCUGCAAUUGCUUAAACAAUUAGAAGUGAUCAAUUUAGGCGGAAAUCGUCUUAAACAAUUUCCCUAUCAAUUAUUUCAAAUGAUCAAUUUAAAAGAAAUCUAUCUUGGUUCAAAUCAAAUCGCAUUCUUGCCAGACUUAUUUCAUAGUCUCACUAAAGUCGAAGUUCUCUACCUUGGUGGAAAUCAUAUUGGAAAUGUUCCUGAUUCAAUUGGUUACAUGCGCUCACUAGUAGUUUUGAAUUUAAGUGGCAAUCGUCUCCGAACUUUACCACGUUCAAUUUCUCGUUUAAAUCGUUUGAAAUCAUUGUCACUACAUAACAAUCAAUUCAGUGCUUUACCGCCAGAUAUCAUACGUCUUGAUUUACAAGAACUAAGUUUACGAAACAACCCACUUGUCGUGCGUUUCGUUCGUGAUUUAACCUAUGAUGUACCAACAUUGAAAGAGCUAGCAGGUAGAACGAUCAAACUUCAUAAAGUCCGCUACGAUGACCAAUCAAUCCCAAAGAGUCUGAUUGAAUAUCUAAAUGCUGCGAAGUCAUGUCUUAAUCCGAAAUGCAAAGGUGUUUAUUUCGAGAGUUGCCAUAAAAACAUCAAAUUUGUCGACUUUUGUGGUAAAUUCUAUCUCCCACUACUUCAAUUUCUCUGUUCACCUGCCUGUACAUCUACACCUACGUUUCAAAUGACAUCAUCGGAUUCGGAUGAUAAUACCGAUGGUAUCCCAACGAAAGAUAUGUCUAGCAAAUUUAAAAAGGUGUUACUUGGUUGA